GUCGUCCCACGAACCAGACUCAGAGUUAAUCGCCUCAACAGAAGCAAUAUAACUCGCUGAUCCAUUAAUGGGCACAAUUGAGCCAAAGACGGUUACCUCAAUCCUUAUAUCACCCACAUCCAAAUUCACAGUCUUACAGAGAGGAAUAACAAAACACACCACAAAACAAAUAAUAUUGUCACGGCGGAAAAAAAUAAAACAAACAAAACAGAACUGUCCCAGCCUACCGAACUGCACGAACACCCAAAUCCUCAGCACUGGUUCUGACUAAAGCAACUUCGGCGGACUUACUGGUCGAAGCCCGCCCCUUCCCCGUUUUUUGUCCCAUCAAGUGCCAUGUUAUCUUCCCCAAGCUUGUCCUCUCCCUGGGAGUCUCAAAUCCUUCUUCGUUUUUGUUCCCCCGAUGCUUCCUCCUUUGUUUCAGCUUCCACUCCUUUAGUUGUACUCUGUGUUGAUUCUGAGAUAGACUCCUUCCCCCUUCUCCCAUCCUACCAUCAGACUUAUUAUCCCCCAUGUUCCUGCGGACUCUGCCAGAGCUCGAUGAACCCUCCAGUAGCCUGUGGGACUAGUCUUCACCCCACUACCCGCUCUAAGUUGGACCCCAAUUUUUUUCCCCAGGACUAGAUCUUCUUCAUAGGUCAAGGGACAAAAUUUAUCUGAAUGCCCAAUUAAGCCGCAAAUAAAACAGAAGUUGGGCAACUUUUCAUACUUGAAGUCCACUCAAUAACUUUUUCUUUCUUUCUUCAGAUUGGUGCCCUUUUUCAAAGGUUUAUCCACGUUCAUACACACUCUGAUUUUCAUAUAAGAAUCUCACUUCUAAGUAUUUUGAUUAUCAUCAUAUCUUAUAAAUUUUCCAAUAAAAUUUCCAACCCGCCUGGGAGUACCUAGAUUUACUAGGCUAUAGGGAGCAUUAUGUACUUCAACCCAAAAAUCAGCCUCAUUUAACACAAUUUUAUGCGGAAUAUCAUCAGGCUUAACUUCUUUCAAAAUCAACAGAUUACGCUCAAAUUGCUAAGGACCGCCAUCAAGCACACGAUUCAUAUCAACACGAGGAUAAAAAGUAAAAAGAUACCUUUUUUCACCAACUUCUUUGAUCAAAAUUCCUUUCCCUGGUCUCCAAAGAGAGGAGAUGAGUUCUUUAAAAGUUGUAAAUUUGACCUUCCUGUCUGUCAGCAGCACUCCCACCACUGGAAACCCCAGACUGCUCUCCUCUAUCGGCACAUCCUAUGUAUCAAAUUCGUCAAGGUCAAGUUCUUCUUCCUCUGCCUCAAUCGCCAUCUUUUUGUACUUAUCCACAAAGCUUUCCAUUCAAAGUUUGUUGCCUUGUCUUCCUGCCAGAACGCCGCCGAAGCACGAAGCCCCCUCGAACCAGCGCCUCGAACCAGCAGCCGCUCACCUCAGCACUGAGACCCUCGAUUCACCGAUCACAAGCGCUCUGCUCGACCGAAGAUCCUUCCCAAGCCAAACAAACCAAAAGAAAAACAAAAUCCACACCUAAGCCGGAAAACUCCAGCACCGCCCCUCGGCAAAACCGAUGGCAGACGAAUCUAAGCUAAGCGUUACCGGAUGGUAACCCCAGAAAAAAGCUCAAGAAAAUUUAAACAUCUUAUUAUGUAAACAUACCUCAUAAAAGGAACCUAUUCACACGGAUUUAAUAAUGUGUGGAUUUGAUUUCCGGUUUCGGUUAGUAAGCGCUAAAUGCAGUAUGUGUUUUUACUUCACAUGUUUUACAAAUUUAUUUGUGUUUUAGUAGUGAAGUAAACAUGUUCUAAGUUACUAUUGUAGUCGCUACACUUAAGAUGUCACAUUUUAAAAAAAAACAUUUAAUUUAGUGAUAUACGUAUAUAAUAUAUAUGUAAUUAUUUCUUAAAAUUUUCUAAUAGAUUUAUGCAACCGACAAUAUAUUUUCUAAAUAUAGUGGUUUCAAAGUUAGAGAUAUGCUAAAAACAAAAUGUGCAUAUUACAGGGAUGAAAAACAAAACAAAAAUAUUACCGGGAGCUAAAACAAAGUGUAUUAUGUUUGCUUGUAAUAUCGAUCAAUUAGUCAUUCAAAAAACAAUGAGCAGGGUAUUUUUCAAAAAAAAAAAUUGUUGGGUGUAUAAUUUUU